AAUUCACACGCCAAUCCCUUCUAUAUAAAACCCAUUAAUCUCUCCUUCUUCAUCCAUAUCUCAUACCUUCAUCUUCUUCUUCAAUAGCUCUCUCUGUGUAUCUCCCAUGGCAGAAAAACAACCUCAGUUGAAUGGAGCCUAUUACGGCCCUGCAAUCCCUCCCCCAAAUAACUACCACCGCCCUGGUCGUAGCUCCGGCUGCGGAUGCGGCUGUUGCCUAUUGAGCUGCCUCCUGAAAAUCAUCAUCACCAUCGUGGUGGUUGCUGGCCUUGCUGUCUUUAUUUUCUGGCUCGUAGUUCGUCCUAACAAGGUUAAGUUUCACGUCACAGAAGCUAAUCUCUCUGAGUUCAAUCUCGCCGGCAACAAUACUCUCUAUUAUAACCUAUCUCUCACAGUCUCUGUACGCAACCCUAACAAGAAGAUUGGCAUCUACUAUGAUCGUAUAGAAGCCAGAGCUUUUUACAAAGAUCAGAGAUUUGGUUACGAUACCUUGAAUCCAUUUUAUCAAGGCCACAAGAACACUAGCAUUCUGACGCCUACAUUUCAAGGUAAGGAAUUGAUUCCUGCUCUUGCUGGUGACGAGCUUUUAGAGUUCAAUCAAGAAAAAACAUCUGGGGUUUAUGACAUUUACGUGAAGCUGUAUCUGAGGAUUAGAUUCAAGAUUGGUAAGAUUAAGACACACAAGUUCAAGCCCAAGAUUGAGUGCGAUUUGAAGAUUCCUUUGAGCGAAAAUGGUACUGUGGUUUCACGUAUUGAGACUACGAAAUGCGACUUGGAUUACUGAUCAUCGUAUCUUCAUGGUUGCUGUUUGCAGCCACUUUGAUCUUCGUCUUGUUUCAUUGAGUCUUUGAUUGUUUUGGUUUUCUUGAUAUUAUUAUUUAUUGUUAUUCUUUAGUUUUUUUUUUUUUUUUUUUUUUUUUUUUU